CUAACAACAUCUUCAACAUCAUUUAACAACAAUUUCAAACAGCAAAACAAUGAGAUUAUCGAACUAUCAAACUCGAUAAAUAAUCUCAGUUUGGGUGAAAACUCUGAAAAAUGUGAAAAAAAAGUCGAAGUUUCAACAACGAUCAAAACGUCAAUUGGAAGAAAUUCCAUGACACUCGUUGCACAUAAACCUGACAAACAUGUGACUAACCAAAUAGAAACAGCGAACGUUCCCAAGUCAAUCCAGCCGCGGAUGUGGUCAUUAGAUAACUUUGAAAUCGGAAGUCCUCUCGGUGAAGGAAAAUUCGGUCGAGUUUAUCUUGCCAGAGAAAAAAGUAGCGGUUAUAUUAUUGCAUUGAAAAUAUUGUUCAAACGGGAAUUACAUGCUGCCAAUGUUGAAAAACAGUUGCGUCGUGAAGUGGAGAUUCAGUCACAUCUACGCCAUCCGAAUAUUCUCCGUCUCUUUGGCUAUUUUUAUGAUGACAAGCGCGUAUAUUUGAUAUUGGAAUAUGCUGCUAAAGGGGAACUCUAUAAAAAGCUUCGAAGUUGUAACAGGUUUACUGAAAAGCGUGCAUCCAGAUAUGUCAAUCAAAUGGCCAACGCACUAGCUUAUCUGCAUAAAAAACACGUGAUUCAUCGUGACAUCAAACCCGAGAAUUUGUUGUUAGGAAUGAACGGUGAACUUAAAAUUGCUGAUUUUGGUUGGUCAGUUCACGCACCUAACGCGAGACGCAAAACUCUAUGUGGCACAUUGGAUUAUUUACCCCCAGAAAUGGUCGAGGGACGUGAACACGAUACCAGAGUUGAUUUGUGGUCACUCGGAGUUUUGUGCUACGAAUUUCUAGUUGGCAUACCCCCUUUCGAGGAUUUGACUGGCUAUUCGGCCACUUACAAACGAAUUGCCUUGGUAGACUUGAAAAUACCAGAUCAUAUUUCCCCGGAAGCGCAGGAUCUGAUAGUUUCACUAUUACAAUAUGAUCCAAACAAACGACUUCCUCUUGAUCAAGUGGUUAACCAUCCAUGGAUUCUAAAAUACAAUCGAACCGAGUCCAAUGGAUGGGAAGAAUCUGAAUCAUAG